AGCAUAUAUCAUUCAAAACGCAUAUUUCUAUCCUGUCAGAAGGAAGGGCCGUGGCCUAUGGGACUCGGAGGUUACAACAUGCAGCGUUGGAUUGGAUAGUGAGGCGAGACCUCCCACUGCUACUUGCGCAUGAAUAAAACCCUGACAUAGCCUGAGAGGGAUCGUGAAAACAAGCGAAAAUUGAAAGUUGAUUGAAAGAGUUGCCGCGUAUGAUAUUUGGUUGUGAUAUAUGUAGGUAUUGGCAGAACCUUUACUAGCAAUUACUUACAACGGUACUGGCCGGGGUUCGUUGUCUUCCCUACUAGAGACCAUGUCACGUCUUACGAUCAUCGUUGCCGCCACGAAAUCAAAUGGUAUCGGCCAACAUGGUGGACUUCCAUGGCGGCUGUCGAAAGAGAUGGCCUAUUUUGCUCGGGUCACAUCCACCGCGCCUGAAGGACGGAAGAACGCGAUCAUCAUGGGGCGGAAAACAUGGGAGAGCAUACCAGCCAAUUUCAGGCCUCUCUCUAAACGUCUCAAUGUAGUCAUCAGUCACAACGAGGACUACGAACUGACAUCCUCCAACCCGUCAACUCCAGUUCACCUUUGCUCGAACUUGACUCUGGCAGUUGAGUUGGCAUCUCAGGCCGACAUACACCGCCGAUUUAUUAUCGGUGGAGUAUCCUUGAUCUCAGAGACACUAAACCCUAUAUCUUCGAGUCCGACGUCUUGCAUCGCUGACCGUGUCCUCUUGACACGGAUCCUUGCACCUGAUUUUCCUCAAUGUGACGUUUUUAUACCAGACUUCUCGGGAGCAAGUGAGGAAGGGGAAACGGAAUGGAAGCAGGCAACUCAUGAUGAACUCGUGCAAUGGACGGGAUUCGACGUGCCAGCAGGGGUCCAGGAGGAAAAGGGAGUUAGCUACGAGUUCCAGAUGUGGCUUCGUCAAUAACAUUGGUGGUAGAAUAUUUCGAAAGCUGUGCAUUAUAUCGACAAAAACGAUCCCUCUUCCCCUACAUGCGCUCUACCAAACCGG